ACUAGAACGAUCUGGGAAGCCACCAUUCAGUGUUAAGAGCUCUGUAAGAGGACAGAGCCAGUGGAAUUGGGAGGAUAACGAUGGCUCAGGAGACCUCAGCAUCACCGUCAGAGAACGAGGCAAUGGAUGAAUUCCAGUUCCUCUUGUGUGAGAGAUGCCAAGGGGAAGUCCAGAGCCCCAAACUCCUGCCCUGCCUUCACAAUCUCUGCACCCAGUGCCUCAAAGAGAACAAGUCCAUUCAUCUCUGUGCCACAUGUGGAACCUCAUACAUGCAAAAUGAAGAGGACUGCAAACUGCAGGAGAAUUUGCUCUUUGCAAACCUUCAGGUCAAGCUAAGGAUCUGGCAGAAGAUUAAGAAUGGCAAAGACUUGAUCUGCAUCAACUGUAAGAAUGAGGCAGUGUCCUGGUGUUUUGACUGCAAUGAGUUCCUUUGUGCCAUGUGUUUAGAAUUCCACCAGAGAUAUAUGAAAAGGGAAGGCCAUGAAGCCAAACCACUGAGGGAUCUUCAGGCAGAGUCUAGCAUGGAGUUCCUUGCAGGGAUCAGAAAGCAGAGUAUCAUGUCCUGCUCCAACAUUGGCCACAAAGGUCAAGCUCUAAGCAUCUAUUGCAAUGAGUGUCAGAAGUCCAUGUGCUGUGUCUGUGCACUGCUAGACAGGAGGCACAAUGAGGAUCACCACUGUGAUAUCCAAAAUGAAAUUGGGUGCCGGCAAAAUGAGCUGCAGAGCAUGAGCACAGAGCUGAAGGGGAAGAAAAGCAACUACAACAACACCUAUAACAGUCUCCUAGAGCUGGUGAAAAACAUGGAGAAGGUGAGGAAUGAGACGAGAGAGCAGAUCCAGCAGAAGGUCGGCGAGAUGGUGAAGGUGCUGCGAGAAAAGGAGGAGAAGUUUCUAGCGGAGGUGGAGGAGCAGCAUAAGCAACAAGUCCAGAAUGUAGAGAAGAAGCUCAAGGACAUGGAGGGAGUGGUGAAGAGGAUGGCGUCCAGCGAGCAGCUGGUGGAGAAGAUGCACCUCUAUGCCUCCGACCAAGAGGUGUUGGAGAUGCACUCCUACAUCAAAGGGUCUCUGCAGGAGCUCAUAGAGAAGCAGCCACCAGUUGUAGAUCUCCAGAUUGAAGUGGGGAACUUUGGAGAGGUCAAGGCCCAGCUCCAGUCUCUGUUUGACAGAGUGACAAACGUCCAAGAAGCUGUCCCGGCUAGACUGGAAACGGCAUCCAACCAGGUUGACAGGACGAUGAAGGCCAAUAGCAUGGAUGGCAAUCACAUCUGUGGGGCAGCCGUCAGUAACAAAUUUAACAAUACUCUGAGCGAUUUACCAAAGUCACUGGCAAAGAGAAAACGUGUCCAGGAGGAAAGGGCUAUUCAGAUUCUUCCAAAAGUGAUUAAAACGGAGCCUGAUGACAGCGAAUGGGUGAAACAGAGCAGGCCACCUAGCAACAGUUUGCUAGAAGAACCAGGGACCAGUUCUCAAUCUUCAGGAGGCAGCCACGCCACAGGGGGUGGAGGCAACGCAGGAGAAGGCAUGAACAACUCACUGUGGACUCCUGUUUCCUCCUCAUCUGAAUCAGAUGAUGCUUCUUUUAUAGAUAGUUGUUCAGAAGAAGAAGCCACCGAUGAUGAAUCUGUGGGCUCCAUCUUGCUACAGGACAUCAACAACAGAUCACAGAGUAGCCAGGAAGAACACCCGAGACAGGAGCUUGCUUCGGGGCAAGGGACCAUGGUGUUCUUCGACCUGAAGCUUCUAUCUGAAGACAUCUUGCACCUGGCUGCUGUAGCCGAAGAAGGAAAUUGCUUCUCUGUCUUGAUGACGUUUUCUCCCAUAAGAAGCAAUUUCUGGGACAGCGAGCUAGAGGAGUUCCUUGAUUACCUCCACUUCCUCCGUAUGCCUAUUUUAGUGGGAUACAAAAUCUGGUCCAUGGACCUUCUUCCAGCCCUGUUCAGUGCCCUGCAAAAUAUCAACAAGGAGGAAAAAUUUGAAGCCUCUGUGUUUGGUUUUGUUGAUGCCUUACCCCUCCUUAAAGAGAAAAACCUUGAGGUCCCCAGCUAUACACUGAAGGACCUUGACAGCAUAUAUCUUUGGGGUGAGUUGAACAACACCCAAGCUGUUGAUUGUGCCAAAACCCUGAAGAACUUGUGCACAGUCUUGGAAGUUAAUCCAGUGAGAGAGAAAAAGGCAGUGACUACCUACUCCAGCUUGCGAUGUUACGCCUCCCUUCAGCCCCUCCUGCGGAAGAAACUCCUCUCCAAACCCUCUGCACAGACCUUGGCACUGCACAACAUCUGCCUUUCCACACUCCAACGUGAGUACCAAAAGGACCCAGAAAAGGGGCUGAAGAAAUUGUGCAGAUACCUGAAUUCCAGGCGAAGGGACACUGAGAAAAAAAUCCGAAAGCUGAGUAAGAUUCGCAUCCAUUUCCAAACUCUCCCAUCAGCUGCUUGGCAUCCAUAACCUGCAGCAACUUCCUGAGCUACACUCCCGUGUUCGCAGUGUGACCCUAACGCUGCAGCCCUAUGCACAUUACCUGGGAGUAAUCCCCAUUGAAGGUAAUGGGACCUACGCUGGAGUAAACACACAUAGGGUUGCAUGGCAGACAGCAGAGGCUGGCUCAUCAGGGCAAAUGGGGCACUGUCCGACCAGGGUCAAUCAGCCCUUGCCUGUCUGCCUGCCUUCUUACUUACAACCACUCCCGAGGGUGACCCUGGCUGUCAGCAUCCUCCUCCUUAGUCUCAGUGCCCUUGUAGAACUCAGCAGGGAGGAAGAUAGGGAGAAAGCUAGAAUUUAUUGGCUCUGCCUGUCAUUGGCCCUGGCUCCCCCUACUGUUGGUCUCCCAGCUUUCUACCCUACCAGUCCAAUGGGCACCAGCCACCACUGGCAACACUUCUUCUGGUGGUGUGAGUUUGCCAUCUGAUUGUUUUGAACCUGGAGAAGAGAGAACCACAGCAUAGCCACUUAUUUCCCAGUUCUUGGUAUGAUCAGCCAAUAUCAAGAUGCCAAAAGAUAGCAGAACUGGGCUCCCCAACUUUAGAACUCCCCUCCUCUGUCAAACUUCUCCUGUGAUGAUUGUUAAAUGGACCAUGGAAAUGUUUUUUGUUGUGCUGCGUCUGUUCAAAUGGCUGUUUAAUCAUGAUGGCUGUACAGUAUCUCCAACAUGAGAGGCAGCAUGAAUACUGAAUACUGGGAAACACAAACAGUAGAAUGCUAUUGUACUCAUAUGUUUGUGGGAUUCCCAUAGGCAUCUGGUUGGACACACUGUGGAAAACAGGGUGCUGGACAGUUCUCUGUUUGAAGGGCUACCGUAAGAGAAAUUUAUUCCAAUAAAUUUAUUUCAGUUGCAUGUCACUGGGACUUAAGACAGAUGCUAUUUCAACACUUGUACGAGAAGAAACUAGCUGUGUCAGAACAGAAAAUAUAUCUUGCUCUAAGGGAUGGGGGAGAAAUUUGGUUCAAUUUGCAUUUAAAGCCGAAUGUACCAAAUCCGCAUUUUCCGGAACAAUAUAAGAACCAAAACAUAGACAUCCUUCAAAAUUUGCACUUAUCCAAAUUUUGCAAUGCAGUUCUCCAACCAAUGUUUACAAACGUGUUGGGAGAAAUACGUGCAUAAAAAUGAAUGAAUCUGUCAAAAUCAUACAAAAAUGCAUUAUAUUGGGAGAAAUCACUUGCAAAAAUAUAUACUUGAGCUAGAGGGAGCAGUCCAGUGGGCAAUACUUCUCAUCCAAACAGAGCAGGAAUGGGAGAAUGAUGGUUCAACUGAGAGGUCGUUCUGCUACCUUGGAGCACAGGAAAUGUCUCUUUAACAGAUUUGUCCACAUGUUAUAUUGAAACCAAGUACCAGCUAUCUCUACAUGUGUACUGGUGUUUGUGAGUUGAUUUGUACAGCUCAACUGUUGCACAGAUAAGUACACUGAGUGUGCAUUCAUUGAAAGUUACAUGUGAAUAACUACGAGUUUACAGCUCACACAGAUUGUACACUCGCUGAAUGUAAUGGGUGAACAGCCCUUACACCUUCUUGUGUAACUUUAUUUUCCUACACUUGUGUGACGCUGUGUCUAUUGUAUG